GAAAUAGAGGGGAGUUUUUAGGAUUCUCGCCGUAACAUAAGGGGCGAAUCUGAAAGUUAAUCAAACCAACACAACACCCAUUUGAUGAGGCAAAUUGUCAUUUUUGCUUCAGGGUGCAAACUGCAAAGGAUCGAAUUAUAACGUCAGAAACCCCGGCUAGCAAGAGAAGAUGAAAAUGGCGGACUGGGAGAUGGUAGAACUGCACAGAAAUUCAGGCAACUGGGAAAAAUUGGUGGAAGAAAUAGUGAGAAUAGAGAAAAGGGUCUUCCCAAAGCACGAGUCGCUUGCAAAAUCAUUCGAAGAAGAAUUGAAAAAGAAGAACAAUGGCUUGCUUUACUCUAAAAUUGGUGGUGAAAUUGCCGGAUAUGUCAUGUAUUCUUGGCCCUUCUCACUCUACGCUUCUAUCACAAAACUUGCAGUGAAAGAGAACUACAGGAGGCAGGGUCAUGGCGAAGCGUUGCUUAAAGCAGCUAUAGAGAAAUGUAAAACUAGAAACAUCCACCGAAUAUCACUUCAUGUAGAUCCCUCAAGAAUUGCAGCCAUGAAUCUGUACAAGAAACUUGGCUUCCAGGUGGAUAGUUUAGUAGAAUGCUACUACUCUUCAGAUAGAAAUGCCUACAGAAUGUACUUGGAUAUUGACACUGAUUAGCAGAACUAAUGUAUGCAAACAUGAUCAACCAUCCGCUGCAUUGUGGGCUAUCGACGUGGAAAGGGAUUCAGUUUGGACUCUGAAUUACAAAAUUCAGUAAAAUUUCAUUAUGAGCUCUUUGAAGAGAAUCCAAGGAAUUAUGCCUAGAUAAAGAAAUGGUGAUCUACAAUUGUCCAAAUCUGCCCUUUUCAUGGGACUUAUUUAUCAUUGAGAACUAUUGCCCUCUUGAAGAGAUUUCGUUGCAGGACUUAUAGCAUCAGCUUACAGCGAAGCACAAGCUUCUUGUACUAAAAAUGAUAGGACAUGCGGCUCUGAUGCAUCUAUAGUCCCUUGAAUUUGGCCCUUCAUGAUCAACUUUCCAUGUUCACCAUUAACUCUCAUCUUGAAUGAAAAUUAGUUCUUAAAUGAUAUUUUUGGUUUUACCUCUUUAAAGCCAUGAUGAAAUGUAUAUCUCGAAAUGGCAAAUCUUCAAUUCAAAUUAGAGUACUUCCAUUGCUUCUCUGUUGUUGCUUUCUGUUGCGGAAUCUUGGAGGUGAAAUGGCAACUAUGGACUGAAAAGAACGGUGAAGUAUGGUAUGCUUAAUGCUUUUGUCUUCCAUAGAUUCUGCAACAAACACGGACAUUGUUUACUGCUUUCAUGGCUAGCCGAUGUA